AUGGCUCACGGGAAACACGCAGUCUCUCUUCUCGCACGGGGACCAUUGGUCAACUCGCACGGCUUAUGUCAUCCUUACCGUACCGGUACCGGUAACUCACCAGGCCAUCUGUUGCCAUCUUCGGUCGUCGCCGACACGAGCGUUGGAGCAGACCUGAAGCGACGGUUUGGGCCAUUGCGCCCAUGGCCCGCUGAGGCUGAACAGCAUACCGGCACCGCUACCUACCGAGGAAAUCCAGCUGGGCAUCACAGCGUCUCCACGCUGCGUUGCCAUUCGUUCCCGAGUCUCAUGUGCAGCCAGCAACGCACGUUGGUUGCCGCCUUGAUUCCGUAUUCCUGCCCGCCCUUCUGCGAACUCGUCUGGUUGCAUUGGCAUCCCGACUUCUUGCCUACCGGUACCUACACCAGCCAGCAAGCUGAUUCGACCCGGGACGAGAGGCGGGCUCUGGACCGCGACCAGCGGCUGUGCCGAGCAGUGCCCUCACCACAUGCUCGUGUGUCUGACCGACCCCACUCUUCUGCUCACUCACCUCUCGCAAAGAUAGCACUGCUCCGUCCCCGCCAUGGCUUCACCACGCACAACCCAGCGAAGCCAGCUCUCGAGGGCCCAGGCAUCGUCCCAGAGCUAGCCAUGGCAUCCAUUGGCACGCCUAACGACUUUGUCAACGUCGUCGCCCCUCCAUCGGGUGCGCCCAGCAUGAUGCACGCCACACAGGCACCGCAAUCGCGUCCGCGACCACCUGUGAGGAAGCGCGCCCCACAGCGGAACAUUGACGAGUUCUGGAACAAAUUCACAACGAAACAUCCGGGCAAGAUAUUCACCAUCCUGCCCGACAACCUCUACGCAAAGCGCGCAGCAGCACAUGCCCCCAAGGGCUCGAUACCUGGAGUCAAUGCCCUUGCCUCUUACGAGGAGGCCAGAGAAGCGUGCACCAGAAAGGUGGCCAAGAUUGUGCAAGAAUGUCGCCGGUUAAACCAGAAAUACCGCGACCCCCAUUUCGACAUCGAAGCCGACUUCAAGCGUUCGCAGGCAGAUGGGAACAUUCCUGCCGACUGUUUGGUGGGCUUGAGUGGGGAGAAGACCGAGUUCAAGCCUCUUUCCGUCAAAAGAGUAGAGGACAUCUUUCUCCAACCACAAUUCUACAUGGAUGGCCCGAGUCCCAAUGAUAUACGACAAGGCAACGAUGGUGAUUGUUGGUUCAUGUCAGCGCUCGCAACAAUUAGCAACAAAGAAGACUUGAUUCAACGCGUCUGUGUAGCGCGUGAUGAAAGGGUCGGUGUAUAUGGCUUCGUUUUUCAUAGAGAUGGCGAAUGGAUCUCCGAAGUCAUCGACGAUAAGCUCUACCUUAUCAAGGAAGACUUUGAUGAGGCCAAGAUCGAACGCUACCACUGGUUGGAACUCCAGAACCGCAAAAGUCCAGAGGAGGAAUACCGCACUGUCAUGCAGACGGGAUCAAGAGCGUUAUACUUCGCCCAGUGCAGUGACCCCAAUGAGACGUGGUUGCCACUGUUGGAGAAGGCGUUUGCGAAAGCUCAUGGUGAUUAUGCAGCCAUCGAUGGUGGUUUUGUCGGAGAGGGUAUCGAAGAUCUGACUGGCGGGGUUACGUCCGAAGUCUUCGCCACAGACAUACUUGACAAGGACAAGUUCUGGAGGGAAGAACUAAUGAAUGUCAACAAAACUUUCCUUUUUGGCUGCGGCCAGAUGGGCGGCAUCUACGGCGCACGAAAAGGCAUCCAGGAGAAACAUGCUUACUCGGUCAUGGAGGCUCGAGAAAUUGACGGCGAGCGAUUACUCAAGUUGCGCAACCCAUGGGGCCGGACCGAAUGGACUGGCCGCUGGAGCGACGGCUCCGAAGAGUGGACAGCCGAAUGGAUGCAGAAGCUAAACCACAAAUUCGGCGACGAUGGCGUAUUCUGGAUAUCUUACGAAGACAUGCUUCGAACCUACCAACACUUUGACCGUACCCGCCUCUUCGGCCCUGAAUGGACUGUUUCACAACAGUGGACUAGCGUCAAUGUCCCAUGGAGCGUCGACUAUCUUGAUACCAAGUUUAAAAUUAACCUGGCCAAAGACGGCCCAGUCGUGAUCGUUUUGAGCCAGCUUGACGAUCGGUACUACCAGGGCUUGGAAGGACAAUACGAAUUUCACCUACAGUUCCGCCUACACAAAGACGACGAGGAGGACUACAUUGUGCGAAGCAAUGGUACCUACUACAUGAAGAGAAGUGUUUCUACUGAGCUUGAUCUUGAGGCUGGCAACUACACUGUACUACUCAAAAUCAAAGCGACAAGGGUGCCAGACAACCCUACUCCGGAUGAAGUCAUCCGAGCUACAUGCACUACCCGUCGAGAAAAGCUACUCGCAAUCGGACUCUCAUACGAUCUUGCUCAUGCAAAAGGUCAGUUCCGUGAGCAAGAGAAGGACAAGGCACAACGCCGCAAGGGACAAAGAAUCGAGCGCAAAAAAGCCGAAUUGAAGCAAGCGCAUGAGCGCCACCAGAGACUGCGGAGGAAGGCCGAGCUCCGGGAGCAGAAGAAGGCUGCGAAACAAACUCACAGACUGAAUCGGCCCAUUUCAUUGAGAGAAGCUGAAGAGAAGUUGCGAGACCUCAGCGGCCUCGGAAUCACUAGCGAAGAGGAUAUCCGUGCCUCUGCAGAUGAUGAGUCGAAGCCUGUACACCCAGCUGUCUCCAGACAUCAUCGUACAUCAAGCAUUGGGAUGAUGCGAGAACGAUCAUCAAGCCCAAGCGGUGCAUUCUCCGGUCGUGGAGGCUACAAUGCCCCGACAUCCGGAGCCAUGCCAACUCGCCAGGGCUCCUCCACUUCGGUCCACAAUCAAUCAUUUGGAGGGCGAGGCGGGUAUAAUCAGAACCUGCCUGGGGAACUACAUGGCCGUGGCGGAUAUAACCAGAACAUGCCCGGAGAAUUUUCAGGGCGCGAUGGGUACAACGGACGAGACGGAUAUAAUGGUCGCGAUGGAUACAAUGGACGAGAUGGAUACAAUGGACGAGAUGGAUACAAUGGUCGCGAUGGCUAUAACGGACGAGAUGGAUACAACGGUCGCGAUGGCUAUAAUGAGGGCCAAGUCACUGAAUCUCCGGUUCCCACUCCCUUGGCAGAAGAGCAUCGACCGGGCACACCAUCUCAACGCACAUAUAGCCCACGACCGGAGAAGCGCUCCCCGGCGUCAUCUCGCCGAGCCACACUAACACCAAUUCCUGGUGUACGACCUGGCAUUCAAGUACAUCGAGGGCGGGGCAGCAGCAUCCACUCCAACCGUGCUGGGCAUGGCAUGCCAUAUGCCGAUGAUAUAUCCGACUACUCAUCGUGGGACUCAGAAAUUGAUGGACCAUGCUCUCUGGACUCCGACAUCUCUGACGACGAAGAUAGUCCUCGCUACGCGGCCGAGGGCCAACCUAAAUACGUGUGGUAUAAUGGUGCACGGUACCCCUACUUUGAAGAGGAAGAUGAAUUCGAGCGCGAUCCCUGGAAUGCCGUAUGCGUCCUGGGUCUCCGCGUUUUCAGCAAAGACAACACAGAUGUCACAAUUGAGGUCCACAACAGCGAGGGCGAAGGUCGCACAAAGAACGACACCGACGAUGCUAGUGUCGCUAGUAUGGGCACUGUCCGCCGUAAGGAAAAGGAGCUAGAUGUCGAUGAUAGUGCUGCAGAUGCUACAAGCCCGAUGCGCACCAGGAGCACGGCGCUCGAUGAUGAGUUGAAAAGCCGAUCAAAUGAGGAGGUGCUUGUUAGUCAAGUUGGGACUUUGCCGGCUGGUAUGGAGAGGAGCAGACAGGGUACGCUUUCGGGUUGA